GCCUAGAGCUGCAACAAACUUUGUUCUGCUCCAACAGCUAGCUGCGAUCGACAUACUGGAAUCGUUUUCUCUUCGCGUGAAGCAGUACAAGUUUUGGAGUUGCUGCGCGGGACGGAGCAAGGAAAAGCCACCAUUAUGGACAGGAAACUCAUGCUUCUCUUCCUGGUCGCAAUCGCUGUGGUAUAUCCUAGAAGUGGCGAAUGCAAUAGUGAAGUGCAGAGUUUGGAAAGGAAGAAACGUGACACUGCUGCGGACUGUGACCCUCCGAGGCUCAAAGAUGGACAGGCACAUGUGGACAAAAACGGAGUCGCACGGUUUUUCUGCAACGACGGCUAUUGGCUUUUGGGCAAAACGUAUGGCAGCUGCGUGGAUGGAGUCUGGCAGUGGGACAGAAGGUGUUUUGCAUACCGUCGCGGUUACUAUUUACAGAAAGGAAUACUAGAUGACCACACUAAAGAUGAGUUGCUCGACGCCAUAGGCAUUUUCAGACAGCCUCAUCAUGGAUGUGGCAGAGCAAACAUCAGGAAUGGACAUUUGCCAGCAGCACGUAUUAGACAACUGGCGACGCCUGUCUGCAACAGAGGCUACAGGCCCACUAACAAAGUUUGGUGUCACUACCUAGGCUACUGGUCCUUUACGGAACCGGGCUGUGAACUGGAUCAGACAAGGAUUAAACGAUUAUACCGAAUAAUCGAGUACUCGUUUGAUAACUCUGACGAUCAAGCAAUCGUUUAG